GCUCCUGCGCGACAAUAGUUGCUUUGAUUUAUGACACCGGGGCGCAUGAAGAGGAACGGGAGGACGGUGCUCACAACAAUACAGCAAGCGCGUGCCUGCAUAAACGACCGAUUCGGUUAUUACUAGUCGCCCGGGUUAUGCGAAUCGGUGCGGAGGAUGAGGGCGUGCACGCACACUGACAAUCAAACCCGUCCACCAAACGAAGGACGGAAGUACAGAAGCAGAAACAGAGAAGGGAAAGAAAUGAGAAGGGACCGAGGGAGGGAGUCGGUGAGAGUGGAGCGGAAUUAGUCAAUGAUAGAGGGAGGAGGAGAGAAGAGAAGAAAGAGAGGCAGAAGGGUAGUGCUCCGGAGGUGGACGUGGCGGGUCCGGUGGUGGAGUUAAAAGUCAGGCGAUUGUGGCGCUGUCACAACAUAAAGAACCAUGAAGCGAGCAGACGGCAGAUGAUUCCCAGGCAACUGGCUGGUGACACCAGCAGGAGGUGUUGGGGCCCCCACUGUGGCUCAUUAUAUGUUUUCAGGGAACCAACCAGGUGUGCCAGUAUUCCAUUCUACCUCCUCCAUUGACCGGUAGAUUUUGAGAAACGCGCAGGAGGUUGGACAAGGCGGAAGAAGAAUUCGGCGACAAGGGAGAAGAGACCGAUUCGGGGGGAUCAAGUGCGUCUUGUGCGCCGCAACACGUUAAGUGACGGAGAGUGGAAGAACGGUGCUGGGAUCAGUACCUGGAAGAGUGGGACGACUUUGGAAGGCAGCUUUUCCCCCUCACCAUGACAGCGUUGGAGGCAGAGUGCAUGAGCCUGAGCCUGGCUCAUUCCAUGUCCUCGGAGUGUGGCUCUCCAGGUUCUCUUGGCUCAGACUCGCCCGCCUCGCUGGUCCUCCUCUCGUCGGCCUGCCCCACGCCCACCCUCAGCUCCCUGGGGGCCGACAUAGCCGAGCCCCUGGUGAUGUUGCCCUGCAUCAAGAGCGAGCCCGAGGACCCCGAUCUGGAGCCCAUCCAGACGGUGGACCUGUCGGAGAUCCAGCCACUGUCCACCGCCGAGCUGGGCCAGGAUCAGAUCAAGAUGGAGAUCAGUGGCCUGGACUACAUCAGGUCUGAGCACCACGGCAGCAACCACCUGGGACCGUUCCACAACGCUGAUGUCACCGAACUGGACUACAAGUCCCAAUACGAGCCCAUCCUGGUGUUUGACUACAUUUCCCAGGUGUCCGACACUCUGGAGUACAUCAAGUCGGACCACCACGUGGAUCUGCACUGCUACUACACCACCGAACUGGGCUCCCUGAAACCAGAUUACCCCGAACACAACUUCAUGUCCAGCCACCUCCAGCGGCCCGACCUGCACCACCACCACCACCUCCACCACCCCAACACGCUGGAGUCGAUCCACAUGGCCGAGCUCCGUGACGAGCUCAACAAACUGCGACCGGACCCCAUGCUCAUGGACGGCGUGGUGAAGGUCGAGCCCGAGUCCGGCGACGGCGCGUACGGCCUCCUGACCGGGGAGGGGGGCAAAGCGUCAGCCGGCGGAUGCAAAGGCCAGAGCCUCGCCUCGCGUAAGCCCCGCAACAUGCAGGGCGAGAAGCCCUUCUCGUGCCCGCAGUGCGGCAAGAACUUCAGCACGCUGGGCAACCUGAAGACCCACCAGCGCAUCCACACAGGCGAGCGGCCCUACGCCUGCUCGCAGUGCGGCAAGAGCUUCGGCCAGGCGGGCAACCUGAAGCGCCACCAGUUGAUCCACACGGGCCAGAAGCCCUACGUGUGUGCCCACUGCCCCAAGGGCUUCACCAAGGCGGACGACCUGCGCUCGCACCAGCGCCUGCACACGGGCGAGCGGCCGUUCAGCUGCGGCACCUGCGGCAAGAGCUUUGGCCAGUCCAAGGAGCUGAAGGCCCACCAGCUCAGCCACACGGGCGAGCGACCCUACUGCUGCCAGCACUGCGGCAAGAGCUUCACCAAGGAGAUGAGCUACCGCAACCACCUGCAGAUCCACGCCGGCGAGAAGCCUUUCAGCUGCUCGCAGUGCGGCAAGACUUUCAGCAACUCGGGUGUGCUCAAAACCCACGAGAAGAUCCACUCCGGGGAGCGACCGUUCGGGUGCACCCAGUGCGGCAAGAGCUUUGGGCGCCUGGGGCACCUGAAGGCCCACCAGCAGAUCCACACCGGGGAGCGGCCCUUCGCCUGUCCCCAGUGCGGUAAGACGUUCAGCCAGUCCGGCCACCUCAAAGCACACGAGCAGAUCCACAAGCGGGAGCGCUCCGACACGGGAAGCACCAACAGCAAUGAAAGCAGCACUCUGGGAAAUGACAGUAGCUAAAACAAAACAGUUUAUACACCAUUUAAUGUCAUGGGUAGGGGGGGGAAAAAGUAUUAUUCCUUUUUUAUAUAAUGCAUAUAGAUAUAUAUAUAUGUGUGUUUUGUUCCUUAUUUUGUUUUCAAAUGUUCAUACCGUUGUGCUUUUCUUUCUCUCUCUCUCUCUCUCUCUCUGUGUGUGUGUGUGUGUGUGUGUGUGUGUGUGUGUGUGUGUGUGUGUGUGUGUGUGUGUGUGUGUGUGUGUGUGUGUGUGUGUGUGUGUGUGUGUGUGUUACUAAGGGCCUUGUUGAUUUUGUGUUAAUGGUUUGUCCGUACUAUAUCAAGUAUAGAGGUGAACCCUAAAUCAUCUUUUUAUAGGACCAAGUAUGGGUACUUAUUUUUCUUUUCCUGUAAGUACUUACCAAUACCAAGCACCAAGUGGUUUGAUGACCAAUUUACAGUACUUGUUUUUGUACUUUUCAAUACGCAGUACCAACCUUUAGCAGACCAAACUGUGAGUACUUGUGUACUUGUCAAUAGCAUUUAUUAUUACGAGUACUUUAUUCUGUGUACUAUGCCAUACUGAGGGCCAAAAUAUAAAUAAGUACUUAUUUUUCAGUACUUGCCAGUACAAAAUGCCAGUGUUUUUACUGACCACGAUGGGUAUUUGCUGACGACAGAUCAGAACUUUUUUUUUUACUUGAUGUGAUACCAUUACAUUUUAAUACAUAAGCUAAAAAUACUUUGGUUGGAUGUGAAGUUAUUUUAGUAUUCCAAACUAAAUAAUUACGCCAAGGAGUUUAGAUGUUUCCUCUGAAAAUUUAAUUCGAUUUUGUCAUUUUUCUUGGUGAAUAAUAAGGAAGUACAAAAGGUCUGCCUGUUGGGCUAUAUAUAUAUAUAUAUAUAUAUAUAUAUAUAUAUAUAUAUAUAUAUAUAUAUAUAUAUAUAUAUAUAUAUAUAUAUAUAUAUAUAUAUAUAUAUAUAUAUAUAUAUAUUAUAUGAUAUAUAUUUUUUUUUAAACCAUAUUAAAUUAUGAUGCUGUUUUUUGACUGCAACGUCAAAAGUUUUAAAUGUACAUUUAUAAAUGUAUACAUUUUCAGUUUUGCUCCGGGGUAAAAAAAAAUGUAAUACUGGUGCACAAUGAAUUUACGUGUAAAUGGUUAAACUUGAGCAAGAGGAACAGCAGAUCCCCAUUACUUGACAUCAUUCCAGUAGUCUUGUUAUUACCGUUUUCUAGGUCGUCAGUGCGGAUUAACGAUACCAAGUACAUAAUUAAUCAAUUCACUGAAACCCAUGAACGUAAAGACCAUGUUAUACUUCUAUGUCGAACAGCCGGCUUGGAGUUCGCCUGCAUAGCCCACAGAGGGCGCUGUUUACCGUGCCAGACUACACUCAGGAUUACAGACGAAGUGUAGUUACGGGCAGAGAGACCCAGUAAUGGUUCCUUCAUGAUGCAGAAGUGUAAUUUCGGCCUUAACCCACUGCUACGCGAGUACAGGGUACUCACCAGACCAACUGGACUCCAAUACCUGUCCAGCGAUCGCUCACUGUGUUAAAAAAAAGAUUACAAAAUAUCUAUUGUAAACAUUUUUAAUUUCUAAAAAAAUAAAUGAACAGCAGUAUCAUGUACUUGAAAGAAUUAUUAAAGAAACUAAUGAAAUAUG